ACCGGCGCUGCCUGUUUUCCUUUUCCCCCUUCCCGCUCGUGCUCAUUCUCCUCAGCCAUGGCGGGGAUGGGAGCGUGUCCUGGCCUGCCUCUCCUUCUCCUCCUGGUCUCCCUCCUCUGGGUUUCGGGCUCCGGGGCGUCGGUCUGGCCCCAGCCGCAGUCCCUGAGCGUGGCUCCGCUGGGAGGCUGCCUGCUUAGCGCGGGACGAUUCCGCUUCGGCUACGGCGACGCCUCGGCGGUGGGGCCCGGCUGCUCCGUCCUGGACCAGGCCUUCCUGCGCUACUGGGAGCUCCUCUUCCCCUUCGGACGCAGGCAGGCCGGCAAGGACCACUCUGGUGUCCCCGUCUGCCCCAAUCUUCUCGUCUCUGUCGCAGAGCCAGGUUGCGAUGGCUAUCCUUCGCUGGACUCCCGAGAGAAUUAUAAGCUGACAGUUUCAGAGGCGCAGAUGCUGCUAACAGCAGAUACUGUCUGGGGAGCCCUCCGAGGGUUGGAGACCUUCACCCAGCUUCCAUGGAGGGAUGAGUAUGGGACGUUCUAUGUAAACAAGACCGAUGUUGUGGACUUCCCCCGUUUUCCUCACCGAGGUCUUCUGCUGGACACGUCUCGCCAUUACCUGCCUUUGAGUGCCAUUCUGGAGACCCUGGACGCCAUGGCCUACAACAAGUUCAAUGUGUUUCACUGGCACAUAGUGGAUGACCCUUCCUUUCCCUAUGAGAGCGUGGCAUUCCCGGACCUCAGCAGGAAGGGGGCCUACAACCCUGCCACCCAUGUGUACACACCUACCGAUGUCAAAAUCGUGCUUGAGCACGCCCGGCUGCGUGGGAUCAGGGUGAUCCCGGAAUUUGACACUCCUGGCCACACCCAGUCUUGGGGUCCAGGUGUUCCUGGCUUGCUGACUCCCUGCUACGUAGGCCAGAAGCUCUCUGGAGCCUAUGGGCCCGUCAACCCAAUCCUCAAUACAACAUAUGAGGUCAUGACCAAGUUUUUUGACGAAGUUAGUCUAGUGUUUCCGGACUUCUACCUACACCUGGGAGGAGACGAGGUUGACUUCACGUGCUGGAAGUCUAAUCCAGACAUCCAGGAAUUCAUGCAGAAAAUGGGGUUUGGCACAAACUUCACCAUGUUGGAGUCCUUCUACAUCCAAAGGCUGCUGGAUAUUGUCUCUUCCUAUGACAAGGGUUAUGUGGUAUGGCAGGAGGUCUUUGAUAACGAAGUGAAGGUGAAGCCCGAGACGGUCAUUCAUGUGUGGAAGGAGAAUGGUGGAUCAUACCAAGAGGAGACGGCUCGUGUCACCAAAGCCGGCUACCGGGCUCUGCUCUCCGCCCCUUGGUAUCUAAACCACAUCUCUUACGGCCAGGACUGGGUCGGGGUUUACCAGGUGGAGCCUCUCGCCUUCGAAGGCACCCCAGAGCAGAAGGAACUGGUAAUCGGCGGGGAGGCCUGUAUGUGGGGCGAAUACGUGGAUGUGACCAACUUGACCCCGAGACUCUGGCCUAGAGCUGGGGCCGUAGCAGAGAGAUUAUGGAGCAACCAGACUGUCAGGGACUUGCAAGAUGCCUAUGCGAGGCUGGCAGACUUCCGGUGCCUUCUGCUCAGGCGCGGAAUCCGGGCUGAGCCACUUUUCACAGGAUACUGUGACCACGAAUACAACAUAUUUUGAUUUAUGGAAAAAUCUGUUCCUACCAAACGUGUAGGUUUUUUAAAUCAAAAGUUUCAAUGCAAUGAGUUCACAGUGACUGCAGGAUGUUUUAUUUUUCUCUUAAAGAAGCACUUUUUGAAAACGAGGGACCAUUGGACUUGAUAGACCAAUUUGUUAGAGGUGUGCAAAAAAAUCGGAUGAAUCAGAAAUCGUAAGAAAAUUGGAAGUUUUGGAAGCGUCUGAGUGGCCCACACCAAAAACUUAAGAAUCAAAACUGACCCAAUACUUUUUUGUUAUUGUUUGGUAAAGCUCAGAAGGCACCCAAAGUGAGUUUCCUUCCGUGCAAGGUAAGAAAGUUAGCUAAGUCAGUAAAAGGAAGCCUAAAAACAACUAGUAAACUACUGAACCUGCCUCCUUUGCCAUUCAUCUUCCUGCAGAUCAAUAGCUUCUCUGUGUGAAGGCUCAAUGGUUUGCUUCUUGGAAGCAUUGCAUUUUGGGAACAGAACAGAACUUGGGAAAUGUAGUUUGGGAAGGGGAGGAGCCCUAUGCCAAAGAAUUCAAAAGGCUCUGCCCUAAACUACAUUUCCCAGUAUGCAUCAGAAUGAGAAAGCAUCAAUCAGGAGAGGAGAUAGAUAUUUGUUUCUCCCUAAACAGUCGGUUUUUAACAAAACUAAGAAAAAUUCCCUAAAAUGAGUAGAUUUAUGAAUAUUUCUGAAAGUUGGGAGGAAUGAUCCUCUGUUAUCUUGUGUCAUUAUGUAGAAAACUCAAGGAACUAGCUCUUGUAGUUUUUUUAAAAAAAAUGUUGUUUAUAAAAACUUUGAAAAUUCCCCAAAAAUCCGUGUAUAAGUGAAAUCUUAUGAAACUUGAUGAGCAAAGAGUGGUAAAUGUGUUCUACCGUUGUAGCAAGUUUCACCCCAAUAGCUUUUAAAAUGAGGGAGAUAGGAGCCCCUGAAGUUUCCAAAUUAUAAUAAUUUAAGUAUGUACAUGUGCAAAAGUAGUUUGGGAAGCGAGGUGCCAUGUACCUGCCCUUAACUACAUUUCCCAGACUGCAUUAGCAUCAGAAGGCACCAAUCAAGAUAGCGGGGAGAGAGGUCCGUCCCUCCCUAAUAGCAGCCACAAUCUGCAAAGAGGAGGACUAAUAGAUACAUCUCUCUCUAAUAAGUAAGCCAAUCUCUGUGCUGGGCUGGAAAAAAUAAUAAUGACCUAAAUGGAUAGGUCUUGGGGGUCCUCUCCAACUCAAUAAGGGAAGUAUAAUAAUAAUAAUUAUUUAUUUAUACCCCGCCACCAUCUCCCCAAGGGGCCAAGCCCAGAAGAACACCAAUACAAAUGUACAACAUAAGAAUACAACAAUAAAAUAUCAAAAAUAGAAUAAAAUACAAGCUCUUAAUUGGAUGUCAGGAGAGUUUGAAUUGUGCCUUUCUGCCUGGAAGAAGGAGGGUCAGUCUAGAUGUCCCUUUAUGGUGUCUAUACUAUGAUUUCUGUUCCUGGGUUAUAAAUGGCAGUUCCUAAUUGGUUCUGUCAAAAAAAAAACAUGGUGAAAGUUUAUUAUGCUGCAAAAACUCUUUGCCCAAGGGACAUCGUCCUAUUGCACAUUUUCCUUUGUUGAGUAGCCACCAAUUUAACAAAGUUUCUGCCACAAAAACAAAGUUUCUGGAGUAGAACAACUACUUUCAAAGUAAAGACCGCACAAUGAAACAGGAAAUAACACUUUCAAACCAGGAACAGAUUUUCUUUAAUAUUAAAAAAAUGUUUUUAUAAAAACUUAGAAAAUUCCCCAAAAAUCAAUGGAUAAGAGAUUGGUGGGCUGACAGUGGUAAAUGUGUUCUACCAUUGUUGCAAGUUUCAACUCAAUAGCUUUAAAAAUGAGGGAGAUCGGAGUCCCUAAACUUUCCCCAAUGGUAGUAAUUACUGCAUUAAUGCGCAUGCGCAAUUAGUAGAACGAAAUAGUAACGAAAUUUUGUUAGUCUUGUUAUAGUCUAACAAAACUUUAGAAACACUUUAGAAAUGGAGCGCCAGGGUCUCCCAGUUUUGUAAGUACUUUUGAACCAUUUUUAAUGGAUUGCACAUGCCUAAUAUCCAUGUCUCUAGGCUUUGUCACCAAGUGUUUAGUGGCGCUACAUCAAAGGAUCAAAUGACAUGGGUAAUGCUGCAAUUCCUUUGGUAGGAAAGUGUUGAAGAAUCAUUCUAGUGUAUCCUGUAUGUUGGGAGUGGGAGAUGCAUGGCCUUGUCAAUAUUGGUGGACUCCCACUUCCACGUCUGGAAGAUCACUUGUUGUUUACUUCUGCUCUAUACUUCAUAGUCAGCCUCUCAAACGUUGAUGAACUGCUAUUUCCAUUGCAACUUCGUUGGUCGAUGCCCGGCCUUACGUUAGCAAAGUCAAAGUAUACUUAAUGAUUGGAUACUUACCCUUCUUGGUGUUUGCUUUACCUGGAUCUAGAUGUAGUUGUAUAUUUUCUCUAUUUUUCUGGGAGAUCUCUCCUAAGCAUUUGAAUCCAUUUGAUUGAGGCUUUCUGAAUGGUACGACGGGUAAUUGCUCUAUAUAAAAAUGCUCUGUGCAUAAUGAGUACCUUAAAAACAAAAGAAUCAAUGAACGAAAUCACACCAAAUUUGGCAACAAAACGUCUCGCAACACAAGGAGUGACCAUCACUCAAAAAAUUAUGAUUUUGUCAUUUGGGAGUUGUAGUUGCUGGGAUUUAUAGUACACCUACAAUCAAAGAGAAUUCUGAACCCCGCCAAUGAUAGAUUUGGGCCAAACUUCCCACACAGAUCCCUGGUGCGAGCCUCCCUUCUGUCUCACAUGCUCUCCCUCACCCGCACACAGGCACUACGCUACCAUGUGCUGAGUAUGCCUGCUCUCCCCUCCCUGCUUGGAGUUUCUGAAAUAGUCCUCCCCAAUCACAGCAGAGGGGAACAUUUGGUGCGAGGAUUCGCCAUAUGUUUCCAAAAGGAAGAGAAGGGCAGGCUCUACCAAAGGGGUUCCUAAGACCAUGAGAAAUAUAUGUUUUCUGAUGGUCUUUGGUGACCACUCUGAAACCCCCUUGCAAACCCCCCAGGAGUCCCAAUCCCCAGGUUGAGAAACACUGCUCUAAAGAGGUUUGAAGCCUUGGAUUGCUUUUUUUUUUGCUCUCCGAAGCCCAGAACAGAUUCACUGCUCUCCUGAUACAAGAACUACUUUGAGGAGCUUUGUCCAAUGCCAUUAUCAAUAUAGAUCACUCUGUACUGAUCUCCAAUCUACUAAAAUCCCUUUCAGAAGAUGCCAGGCUAAGACUCUUCUCUUCCAGUGGUGAUUUCAGCUCUCAAUGUGCAUUUUAUAGAAUCAUAGAAUCAUGUUUACAUUUGUUUCUCUUGAUUGUUUUGACUUCUGGAUGUUAACAUUCAAAUAUUGCGAUGGAACUUUGGCUGAGAUUUGUUUUCCUUAUUCAACCUGUGGUUUCAAUAGGUUCAUUCCACAUAUAUGUGUGUGUGUGUGUGUGUGUGUUCCUUCCUUUGGACAUUGCCAGUUGGGCAGUUCUCAAAACAUUCCAAAUACAUAAGCCUACUCCUUUCCUCUUGUCUAAUGACAAAGAAUAUUAAGUCUUCUCCGAAAAAGAUACAUUGCACUGUGCCUUUCAUAUGUUCCAUGUAUCUGUCUGGAUCUACAGCCAUAUGAAUAAUGCAGAUAAUAAUAAAUGUUAGAUUGGGAUUGUAAGAUUGCUUUAAUAAAACGUGACACACUUUUUGGAACGUU